CACCAUGAAGAAGCACUUGUCCCGGAGUUUAAACCGACUGUCAAGCAAAGAUGGUAGUACCGGAACGGUACAUCAAGGAAAGCUAUAAAGAACCUCAAGAUCCAGCUCGAUCCGUCUGCGUUGUCAUGCUUCAUUCUCUACCUUCCAAUCCUUCUUCUUGCCGCUCAGUUUUGCUGCUUGUACCGCGAUAGAUCUCUUUCUUCUUCUUUCUCUCCCAAGUCUCUUCCAUUCACAAUGCGUUACUCAACCCACGUUGUGACCGCUCUGGCCUUCGCUGCCGGCACUGCCCACGCAGCCCAGUCCGCUAGUGACGACGGCAAAGUGACAACAGUGGCCGCCCAAAGUACUGUCGAAGCCACCGCCGUCGUCACCGCGGAGCCCAGCAGUGCUGCAACUGAAUCUGCUGUCCAGCACCCCCCUCCCAUUGCCGCAUCCAGUGCUCCAGCUUCUGCCUCCUCCGAGACCAGCGUCCCAGUCAUCAAGUCCAGCGCUACCGAGUCUCAGCCCGCUGCCACUGAAUCCAGCGCUCCAGUAGCCACCAACACCGAGCCCGCCGCUGUUGGAUCCAGCGCCCCGGCUACCCAGGGGAUUGGCACCGCCGCUCAAACGAGCGUCCCGCUCAUCAAGACCUCCGGAGGGGAGACACAGGCCGCUCAAACGAGCGCUCCUGCUGCUGCCAGCGUCCCACCAGUACCGAUCGAAUCGAACCCCGCCGUGACCAGUGCUCCUCCUGCCAGCAUUCCCCCGGCCGCCAGUGGCAACGCCAGCACCACUUCAUCGCAGCGGUUCUCCAACUCGACCACCUCUUCAGGGUCCUUUUCUACCGGCACCUCUGGAGGCAGUGGUGGUGGCGGCGGCGCUGCUACUGUCCCUGCUGCACCCACCUCCACGGGAUUCAUCUCGUCCAGCUCCGGUGCCAAGAUGGUUCUUCCCGGCCUUGCUCUAGUCGGAAGCAUCGCCAUGGGCUUGCUUGUCUUGGCUUAGUUGACACUGCUGCUGUCUUCUCUUCUGAUUUUUCUUUCGAUAUCAUGCAUCACUAGACUGUUUGAUGGCAAGACGACUGCCCCCGAGAAUCAAUACAGAAAAAGAAAUGAAAUACAGCGAAGUGGGCAGGUUUUUUUCACCUUAUAAAAGACUAAUAACCAUUGACGAGAAGUGGAUCGCUUUGCUCACUUAUGAUACAUCUGUUUCUGGCUUGCUUGUUAAUUCCAGGUGUUUGUCCUUCACAAUACAAAUAAUAUAUACUAUGCUCUUGUUGAAUUCCGAUAUUGUACUCUGGAUGAGAGAAUACCAGAAUAUCCCUUCGUUGGAAUUGGAUUUCUAGAGGAGGAGGUAUAUACGGCGUUUUAUCAUGUUUUUCAUUUCUUACUUCGGGUUUCUGGAGUACUCAGGUUUCAUGGAUUGUGUAUUAGACUUCGGUGAAAUUCAUAUAUUCAUUCAAGCCAAUAGGAACA